CGUCAGCCACAACUUCCAUAGGCGCAUCGUCAUUGGCGACAACAACACUUAAGCGUGUGUUGUGAUUCCUGAAUAUUUCAACGUUGUCAGCAACAUUAAACGUUGCAACCAUGCAUGAUCCAUUCGAAGUGAGAAUGCAGUUCCUCGGGCUCAUUCGCAAGCUGAAUGCCUCACAACAAUCGAUACAGAAAGUCGUUGGAUUUGCGUUAAAGUAUUUUUCGAAAUGUGGGGAGGAUCUGUGGGAGUGCAUUAUUGAGGAGUGUCAAAAGGGUUCCAUCAAUCACCGCAUAAAUAUUCUUUACUUUCUUGACUCCCUUUGUGAAACGUCGCUACUGGCGAAGGCGCAUCAACUCCCAGAACAGUCGUCUUCAUCACAAGUCAACAACGCAUUGUAUGUCGACUACGUCUCGCGGGAUCUGACGCAGAUUGUGGAAUGCGUUGUGCCUGUGGGUAGGCAAGGGCUACCUAAUCUACCAAGUACCAAACAGAUCCUGGAAAACUGGCGCACAAAACGAAUAAUAGAACCUCAAAAAGUUGACGAAGUCCUAUCGCUGCUCUCUUCCAGAGAUUCAGCACCAGAUGCGACCUCAACAUCUGCGACACCUUCAGCAGCAAAAUCUGAGCCUCAUCUCUCUCGCGGCGAAAUAUUCAAGCGUAUCGAAGAGGACCGAGAGCGACAUAAACGCCUUCGGGAACGACGGUGGGUUCAGGCGCAGCCUCACUCUGGCUCUGCAGUCCCGUCUUAUUCGACAUUCACACUUACGAGUUUCUUGCCGCUAAGCGAUACAGAAAACGCCGAGCUGGCGUUGGAUAUAGAGUUUGAGAAUGAGUGGGAGGCAACGAGCGAUUGGAAUGAAGACGACGUUGAAGCGACUGCUGAGGAGAGGGAGCUUUGCCAUCCGCACUUGAAGCGGAAGGGAUUUGCAAAUGACGAAGACGAAGGAGAGCAGGAGAUGGAUAUAGAUCUGUGAUAUUUGCAGUGAAGUACCGUGCUGUGGAACGUGAGCGAUGUUUCUAGAUUCUGACACUAGAAUCUGAAACAUCGCUCACGUUGGGUCGUUAUGGUCAGUUACGCCUAGUUGUUACCAGAUGAAUUCACAGUAUCGUGUAUGGCUGGAACGAUAAGGGUCA